CGACACAAGCGACGACAACGACGACGACAUAAUAGCCAAGACUUGCAGCACGCAGCACAACCUGCUCGAGCAACUCCUUCGACAUCAACCAUCAUCAUCAACUACUACAACUCCCACACCCACUACCCCACCACACACCCCCCUCACCACACCUACGCACCCGCCGAUGAACUAGCCAAACGCACAUCGCACAAUGCGUGACGGUCAACUGGCCGAGAAGAAGGCCGCGCUCUCAAAGGCCCUGUCGGCCGCGUACCUCGAGCACCAGAUCGCCGACCUCGAGUCGCGCGUCAACGCCAUCGGGGUCGACGACAAGGCCGGUGCCGCCGGUGGUGGUGGUGGCGGCGCCGGGGCGGCCAACAACCACAACAACAACAAGUCGCCGACGCGGCGUGCGUGGGGUGCAGCUGCUGCAGCAGCUCCUACCCCUGCGCCUGCACCCGCGCCAGCGCCACAGCCGCAACCGCAGCAGCGCCGGAUCGACGAGUCGUCAGCGAGCGACUCGGAGCCCGAGGCGGACGGGUGGCGCGUCGCCGUCGUCGACGUCUCGGCGCUCAUGUGGGCGCCGAAGAGCGUCCGCCGCCUCGUGCAGCGCGGGUACGAGGUCGUGGUCCCGCUCGACGCGGUGCGCACACUCGACAUGCUCAAGAAGGGCUCGGCGGUCGUCGCGCAGUCGGCGCGCGCGGCGACGCGCUACGUCGAACAUGCGAGCCGGCACUGGCGCCCCGUGAGCGCUGACCCCAGCCUUGCGGUGCAGGCCGGCACGCACUACAAGAAGGGCCGCGGGUUACGCCUCCAGCGCGACGACGAGAGCGCGCCGCCGCCCGCGGCCGCGAUGGCGGGCGACAUGCCGCCGCCGAAAUGGGUCGCGUCGGUGCUCGGCUGCGCGGCGUACUUUACCACCAUCAGCCGCGCAGAGGAGGCGCUCAACGGGCUCGACGACGAGCCGCGCCCCGCCGUGCUUAUCGCCCACCCGCCGCUCAGUGCGGAAGUUGGCCCGCCGCCUGUCGACGAGCGCGCCGACGCCGCGCCGGCACAGCAGCACAACCUUGCUGAACGGGCAGAAGGGUACACUGUCAGCCUUGAGGCUGGGCGCUUCGAGCUGGGCCUCGAGGUGCUGCGCGACGACGACGAUGACGAGGGGGAGGUCGAGGCGGUGGGGAGGCGCGGUGGCAGGGGCCGCCGCGCGCCCGGUGGGGGAGAAGGGCGCGGGGGUCGCGGCCGCCGUGGAAGGAACCGUGAGCAUCGCGAAGCUGCCCGCGACGAGCCCGAGCGCGAAGUCAAGAUCUUACUCCGCCGCCCGGUCGAGGAGUCGGACGUGCCGACGCCAGUCACGCCCCAGCGCGCCGAGUUUGGGUCUGCGCCGGCGUCGCCGACGAUCCCGAACGGCGAGCACGACGAGCCGCGCGAGCGCGAGCGCAGCCACCGCGGCGGCGGGCGUAGGGGGCGCGGUGGCGGCGGUGGUGGUGGCGAGCGCGGUAGGGGCCGUGGGCGCGGAGGCGGCAACGCGGACCGCGGAGGCGGCUUCACGCUCCUCCAGCGUCCUGGCCCGCCGCUGGCGCACCACGUCCGCAACAUCGACCCGAGUGGUCGGCAGAGCGUGCCCUCCCAGCCCCCGCCCCCGCCCCCGCCUCAGUUCGCCAAACGCGGCGGAGGCGCGUUCGGCGCGCCAGGACAGGGCCGCCCGAUGCCUUCCCAGCCGAGCGCCGAGUUCCAGCCCUGGCCCCGCCGCGGCGCGUACGCCAGCGCCGACGCCGACGCUGCGCCGCCGCCCGGCCAGCGCGUCGUCCUCCUCCAGCGGCCGAGCUGA